CGGCGCCUGCGCACGUGGUGUUUCCGGCUAGCGCGGCGCGGCGGUGGAGGCCGGUUCGGUGAGGGGCGCGCGGGCCGGGGGUCACCGCGCUGGCGGGGGCCCUUUUUGUGGCAGAGGAGACCGGUGUGAGCCUCGGACGCUGCGUCCAGGCCCCUCUCCCCCCUGAGCAGGACCCCGAUUGAGCCCCGUCCGACCCACGAGCCUCCAGCCAUGGCUUCUCUGCUCGCCAAGGAUGCCUACCUGCAGAGCCUGGCCAGGAAAAUCUGCGCCCGGCCCAGCCCGGAGCCGCAGAAGCGCAAAUCCGCUGGCAAAACUCAAGGUGCAGAAGCUGCUGGACCCCCAAAAAAGAAGAGGAAGAGAGCACAGAAGAAAUCCCAGGAGCGGGAGGAGAAGGCUUCAGAGCCCAAGGCCCAGGCCCUGGGGGAGAAGUCUCUGGCAGCUUCCAGGGCCAGGAAGCCAGGCACAGCCAAGGAGGAGAAGGCCUCCAUCUCCACAGGGACCCCUGCAGAUGGGCUGGCGACAGAGCCAGACUCCUUCUUCGCCCUGGACGUCUUGCGGCAGCGGCUGCAUGAGAAGAUCCAGGAGGCUCGGGGCCAGGGCAGUGCUGGGGAGCUGUCUCCUGUCGCUUUGGAGAAGAGACGGCGGCGGAAGCAGGAGCGGGACCGGAAGAAGAGGAAGCGAAAGGAGCUGAGAGCAAAAGAGAAGGCGGCAAAGGCAGCUGAGGCCACAGGGGCUGCCGAGCCACCCCCUGAGGCGCCCGCCGGGGAGGCGCCGGCUCCGCCGGGGCUGCUCUUCAAUAAGGUGGAGGUGAGCGGGGAGGAGCCGGCCAGCAGGGCCCAGCGCAGGAAGGAGAAGCAGCAGAAGCUGAAGGGGAACCUGACGCCGCUGACGGGGAAGAACUACCGGCAGCUGCUGGAGCGGCUGCAGGCGCGGCAGAGCCGGCUGGAGGAGCUGCGUGAAAAGGACGUGGGCAAGGCUCGGGAGCUGGAGAGCAAGAUGCAGUGGACCAACGUGCUGUACAAGGCCGAGGGCGUGCGGAUCCGCGACGACGAGCGCCUGCUGCGGGAGGCCCUGAAGCGCAAGGAGAAGCGGCGGGCGCAGCGGCAGCGCCGCUGGGAGAAGCGCACGGCUCACGUGGUGGACAAGAUGCAGCGACGGCAAGACCAGCGGCGCCAGAACCUGCGCAAGAAGAAGGCGGCCAAGGCCGAGCGGCGCCUGGAGAAGGCCCGCAAGAAGGGCCGCAUCCUGCCCCAGGACCUGGAGCGGGCCGGCCUGGCAUGAGGCCGCGCAUGGCCCGGUGUCCAGACCAUGCCCCGGCCUGGGCACCUUUCCCACCUGGGGCUGCGCCUCUGUCGGAGGCUUGAGGAGAGCCUCCAUGUCACGUGACACCGCAAGUCUGCCGUCUGUGCAGACUCUGGCUUCUCCGUGUAACAUGCACGCUCACACUCAGGCUUGUUGUGAGGGCUCAGGUCACGCAUGCAAAAGAGAACAUUGUUGAGAACAGGGGCCCCGAUCCUUUAGACCCAGUGAAGGGGCGAACCAGAGCCAGGCUCCAGCCUUCUCUUGGGUGGCUGGAAAGCUCCACAGAAGUUUGCAGGUGAGGGAGGAAGGAGCAGUGUGAGGGCGUGGGGACUUGGGACAGCAUUUCACUGGCUCCUGCUUCCUUUCGCAUGUUCAUUCACAGAGGCAGGAAGGGAAUGGCUGUGGUGUCAGAAACUCACUUGGGAAGGACGAAAAUCCAAUGCCUAUAGCUGGAGUGGAAGGUGGAGUUGACAGGCUGGGGUCACUGGGAGAAGGUGGGUCCAACCUGAGGCAUGAUGAGAAAUGGAUGAAUCUAAGGUAAUUUGUAAGAAGGGUAAGAGUUAGAAUUCAAGUUUAACACACAUUAAGAAUCCUAAGGUAACCCCUACAAGAUAGAAGCUGUAUACUAACUAAGGAAGAAAAAAAUGGAACAGAGUGGGAUGAUAUCAAUCUAGAAAGUAAGCGGGAGAAUAAAACCAAGAAGUAAGUGAGGUGAGUGGAAGAUACAGAGUAAGGUGGCGGAAUUACUCCAAGCCUACAGGCAGUCAGAGUGAAUGCACAUCGACAAAACUCAGAUGGAGUUUAUGGUACGCGGGGUGCAUUUCAAUAAAGCUGUUAAUAUUCUUUACAUUAAAUUCCAGUGAAGAAAUCUAUAACUGC